AUGUCCUCUGCCACCCUUGCAUCUCCUCCCAUUUCAUCCAAUUCCUCUCCACAACAACAACGAGCAUCGAGCACACCUCCUUCUCUUUCUUCUCCUUACACAAGUCCGAGACAACAACAAACCCAACAACAACCAUCAUCUUCUUCUUCCCCUCGUUCAUUAAAUAACUCUUCAUUGACUUCAAACAGUUAUUCUUCUCCAUCAUCAACAGCAUUGCCUUCGAAUAAUUAUAAUUCAUCACAACAAACAACUGAAUUGACAUCACCAACGACACCUCGACAGCUUUCGGAUUUUAAUGACAUUGACAUUUCAAAGGUGGCUCAAUUUUUUGAAAAUGAUUCAUUGAGUGCUCUGGAAGAAGAUGCUUGGAAGGAAAUGUUGUUGUGUUGUUUUGUACCAUCUUCACAACAUUUGACGUUCAAACGAAAAAAGUAUUCUUCGUUUGGAAAGACGAGAAGUAAUUCAUCGGGCGGGAAUGUCAUUCAUCAAACACAUCUAUUGACAACGAUGAAUGAGACACAAAAUGAUGUCAUAAAAGUAAUGAAAGGAUUGGAUCAUACAUCAAAAGGAACAGCAUUGAUGGAUUUGAGUGGAUUGCAUCACAUUUCUAGCAAGUCCCUUUUUCGAUUGAAACAAUUAUUAUAUUUUAGAUUUUUCUUUUAUGCCAUUCAAAACUCUGCAUUGGGAAAUGUCACAACCAAUGAAAAUUCACAACAAUCAAACACUCAUCAUCAUCACACAACGUCCUCUUCUUCUCAAUUUCUGAGUCCAAAUGCAUCAUCGACAAACACUAGAAAUUCGAUUCGAUUGGCUCGAAGUAGCACUCGAUUCGGAGAAGGAGGAAUUUCAAAUGCUUUGGGUAGUGAUGCCAGUCAUUUGGAAAUGUCAAAAAAAGAAUUUUCAGCCAUGAAAGAAGAACAACUCGAUGCUUGGAAACAAUUUAAAUUUACGACAAAUCCUGCUUUGAAACCCAUGUGGAUCAAAUUCUUGUCUUCGACUCGUUUUACUCCCAUUCAAAAAUGUUCACUCAUGCAUUUAGCUGCCAAAUAUAACCAGAGUUUAAUUUUGGAAUGGUUAUUUGAUGAGUGUGGAAAUGAGUUACUCUUUGCAGUAGAUACCAUGAAAAUGACUCCUCUCUUCUAUACCUCAUUCUUUAAUGCGACUGAAAGUUGUGCAUUUUUAUGUACAAAAAUUAAGAAUGCAUCCAUGCCUUCACGUCAACGCAAGCAGUCGAAUGAGCAAACUUCAACUGGAAGAAAGACAUUCUUCAAGUCAAAAUCAGAUUCUCCAACCUCCUCUUCGAAUAGUUCAUUCCAAAAUUCAAAUGCACUCGAAAAGAUCAUUCAACAAGUCGACGAUGAAUACGGAUAUAAUGUUUUCUAUGUUGCUCUCAAGAGAGGAUGUUUUGCAGUUUGUGACAUGUUAAUUUUAUUUGGAGCGACUCUUGAUACAACCAUUCGAGGAGGAGAAACCAUGUUGCAUAGAGCUUGUUUUGAAUUGCCACUCGAUCGAAUUGUUUAUUUGAUUCAGAAAGGAGCUGUCUUGUUAAAGAAGGAUCAAAAAGGAUGCAUGCCACUAUUCAAUUUAAUUGGAAGAGAAAUCGAGGAAGAGAAAGCACCACCAGAACAAAACAAUUCUGUGCCUCAAAAAUCCAAUAUUUCCGAGAAUCAUAAGGACGAAGACGUGUCGAAAGAAUCACAACUGACCCAUUCUGACUCCUCUGAAGAAAAUGCUAAUAGUAUCUCUCAUCACACAACCACCACUGCUCCUGUAACUCCUCGAGAGAAAAAAGGAGAGUUGAAUUCAUCACUAAAUUCACAAAAUCCAUCGAACACAAACUCGACAGAUGCAACGUCUUCGGUUCAAAUUGAAGAUGAUUCCAAAAUUAUUGACGAAUAUUUGGAGAAUCAUUCUCCAAUUACUGAAGGAUGGAAUGGAGCACAAAUCACAGUUACAGCUGCAGAUCAUGAUGAAAAUUCGAGAGCUGUCACUCAUGCAUUGAAACAUUUAUCACCAAAAUUGGUCAUUGAAGGGAAUGUUUCACCUUCUUCGAGUGCUGAUAGCUCUGACUCGAUGGAUAUAUUUAGAGAGCUCGAUGAAAUGUUCGUGAGCGAGACUGGACAAGUUGAUUAUCAAGUGAAAAACAAACUGUUGACUAGUGACAACCGUAAAAAGAGAGAACCUGUCAAGCUUCCAACAGCUCUCAAAAUGCGCUCCAAUUCUCUCAAUGCAAUUUCUGCUGGAUAUACACCUCCAGGAUUAUUAGACGAUAUCAAGCUUCGAUCGUCUCCAAUUCUCAUUUCAAAUUUGUCUUCUCAAUCCAUGAACUCGGGUGCAACCAGUAGCAAUAGUAGCCACAGUAACAAAAAUCCAAAUAAUGCAUCUUCCACAACAGUUUCUUCAUCAAACCUCUCUCCAAAUAAUGGUUCUCGUUUUCCAAAUCAUAUUUCACACUGCUUGCAAGAUGAAUUUUCUCUCAAAAAGAAUGUCAUGUUUAAGGCCAUUGAGCAAUUGGUUCCACAAAUGGGAUGGAGUUCUAAAACUCUCAUUAUUGCUGCAAAGAAAUUCUAUGGUCUCAGUGAACAGGAAGCACGUGAUUUGUUUUACAAUGAAGCAUCGGUGAUGACCACAAAAUUAAUAGCCAGUGCAAGUCGAGGAGGAGAGCUUACACCUUCCACAAUAGAUCAUAAUGGCAAUGAAACAGAAUUGAAUGGAAAUGUUCAUCAUCAAGGUGGCUCUACUCUAGAAAAUGGGUCAAAUCAUUCAUCGUCCUCCGCAUCUGCUCCACAAGCAUCACCAUUUCCAAGACCCACAGCCAUUACUCCUUCACAUCAAAGCAUUCUCAAACGAAAACAUCCCCUAUUGGAAAUGGUAUUACCCUACAUUUCGAGAGAACAAUUUUGUAAAACUCUCAAAUCACAAAAUUAUCAUGGUAGAAAUAUUUUACAUGAAUGUGUCAUUAAGGGUGACUUGAAAACCAUGCAAUUAAUUGUGAAUGAUUUAUUACAACCUGGCAAGAGUACCCUAGGUUCAGCAUUGAAGGUUCUUUCUCACAAAAAUUCACAUCAGCAGCUUGCCGAGUUGUUACAAGAACAGAAAUUAUUGGAAAAGCAACGCUAUGAAGAAGAGGCCAUAGAAAAUAUCUUUAUUUUACAUGACUUGUUGAUAGAAGCGGAUAAUGACAAGUCACAAACUUGUCUUGCCUAUGCAUGUGCAGAGGGAAAUUCAUUUGCUGUGAAAUAUCUCAUUUCUGUGUAUAAUAUUGUUGGAGUUCAAAUGAUGAAAUUUCCUCCAAGACCAGUUGCCUCCUCUCUUUCUCAAUCGGUCUCUCUAUUGACUCCAAGAAGUAAUGACGGUACAAGUUCCUCCACAUUUUCCUCUUCAUCAACAUUCUCUCAGAACAAGAGUUCCUCAACCAUGAAUUUGGAAAAAUCAACAAACUCUGGAUCCACAAAGACUUUGUUAUACAAGGUAUUGCAUAUGAAAAAUAAGCAAGGGAAAACACCUUUAGAAAUUGCCAAGUCUUUACAUGGUCAUCUUCCUUGUGAAGAUAUUAUUGAAAUGUUAGAGACAGCAUUGGAGAAGAGUGGAGGUCAUCAUGGUGACACUUCGUCUACAUUCCAAUUUUUCAAACGAAAGAAAAACAAGCAAUAA